AUGGCGACGGCAAUUGAUUUAACUUAUGAAAUUUUACGUAUCUUUUCUGAUUCACAUCGAAAUGAAAUGACACUUAUUGAAUUACAUACUAUUUUAGCUAAUCAAAUAAAACGUCUUACUACUGAUGAAGUACUUCGAACACUUCGCUCAACAAAUCUUUCAAAUCUUUUUAGUAUUCAAUUCAUCUCAAAUGAUGUAUGUUUGAUACAAUUAAACCCGAAAUUAACUCUCUGUGAAGCUUGUUUACAAAAAUCUUGUAAGAAAAUGAAUUGUACAAAAUUACAUUUAUGUUGUUAUGUGUCUCAUUUUUCAAAUAAGCCGUUGGAGAAACCUUGUUUUUUUCCACAUACACUUCGUCAACAUCCGAAUAAUAUUGUUUUAUUAAAGAAAUUUCAAUAUGAUACAUUAGAUCAAGAUCUUCUUUUAAAUCUUCUUCGUUUUUAUCAUCGUAUUAAUAAUAAUGAACAAUCACAACCAAGACCAUAUACUAAUUCAAAACGACCAACAUCAUCACAAAAUAAUGUGCAAUCAAAAUCGGCAAAUUAUCGAAUGUUCAAAUCAAGACCGCCAUCACAAUUAAAGAAAUCACCUAUUAUUAUUAUAGAUAAUGUAACAGAACGACAAUUAGAUAUUAGUAUUCCAUCGGAAAGAGAUGCACCAGAUGUUGAUCUAGAAAUUGUUCAACUUGUUCUCGCAACGAAAGAUAUUAUUGUUGAACGAACAUUAGAAAAACAAAUUUCAAAUGAUUUCUAUCGACGAUUUACAUUACAAUUUAAAGAUAAACAAGUUGUUGAUAAAAUACUACAAACUGAACCGAUUAUAGUCUAUAAUAAUAUACCAAUAAAAAUGAAACGAACUGUACGACAAAAAGAUUCAAAAAUAUUUGCACUUAAAUUCAAUGUAAAUAAAAAAAUCGAUGAUAUUCGUUUAAAUUUAUAUAUCGAAACACUGAUUGGUAAAAUAAAUUCGAAUGUAUUCGAUAUGACACCCGAUGGUAAUAAUGAACAAAUAUAUCUUAUUCGAUGUGAACAAUCAAUUGAUUUUGAUCAUUUAUAUAAAGUACAUUCAGCAAAAAAUACUCUACAAGGUUAUACUGUGACUAUUACAGAAGUAUAUGAAGCUCAAACUAUUGAAGUUUCUUUACUACAACGGUCAUCACAUCAAUCUAUAAAUGUAAAACGAUUACGUCAAUUAUUUGGUGAAACUCGUUGGCAAGAAGAUGUUUUUGCUUGUACUUGUAUUCAUGAUGAGAAUACUGCUGAUAUUGAAUUAAUGAAUGCUGAAGUUACUGCAAAUUGGUUAGCAGAAGCAAAUAGAAUGGAACAAGAUUUAUCUUUAAGUAUUCAUCCUAUUAUUGAUUUUAUUCAACCAUUAGAAAAGAACGAAAAACAAGAAGAAGAAGAAGAAAACGAUGAAGAAAUAAGCAAAAUACUUAGUAGUCGAUCAAAAAUAUCCUCUCCAUUAUCUCCUGUCAAUAGAACUGAUACUACAUCAACAGCAGAUAAUGAAUCUGGUUUAUAUACAAUUAAACCUGAUUGGCGUAUUGUUCUUACACAUCCAACGUUCGGUGAUGAAUAUCGAAAAUAUAUUCGUGAACAUAUGAAUAUAUCUGUUCAAAUCACCGGUUCAACUAUUCAAGUUCCAAAUGAAUAUGUUCGUAAAGAAUUAGCACGUUAUACAAAUAUGUUCAUACAAACAUUUGUUUUUCAAGAAGUUACAAAUCCAAGUAAAGCAGAAGUGAAAUUAAUUAAAGAUAAUUAUACACGAAUGACACAUAAAUGGCAAGCAGAUACGAAUAAAACAUUAAUUGCUGCUCGUCGUGAAGUUAUGAAUGAACUUUUUCCACGUCCGAAUUCAACUAUUACUCGUCCACAAAAUAGAACACCCGCAACUCCAGCAUUCCGAUAUAAACAAUCACCAAUUCUUAAAAAACAAACACCCAUUGAAGAAUCGAUUCUAGAUCAAUCUCAAAUGAAAACAACUGAAAAUAAUUUAUCUACACUUCCUUAUACAAUAGAAAAUACUGUUUAUUUUCCUUUUUUUUCUCUAUCAAAUCCAUUUGCUAAUCGUCUUAGUACAUAUUUAUUAAAUACAUUUAAUAUUACAUUAGAUAUUAAACCGGUUUCACCAACAAAACUUGUACUUGACCUAAAAGGUCAAUCGAAUGAUGUUAAUGAUGCUCGAUCUGCUUUAACAGCAUUAUUUGCCUCGUUAAAAACUAAAACUUAUCCUGAUAAUAAUGAUGAUUCGAAAUUUACUAUACCUGAUGUUUAUCGUGUAGUACAAUGGAAUCUUGAUCAAAAUUCAAUAGUAUCAUCCUGUAGUUAUUCACCCAAAAAUGGUGGUCUUCUCUUAGUAAGAUAUUUUGCUAAUAAUCCACAAUUUGGUGUUGAUGAACAGAAAAUCGAUGAUAUUAUUCAUCACAAUAUUUAUGCUAUUGUUCAUCAAAUAUUAAUCACAACAAAAACUCUUGAAAAACAUCUCGAAGAAUUACAGACAAGAAUUCAACAAAAAUCCGAUUAUGGACAAAAUAUAUGUUGUUUAUAUAAUUAUUCUGAUAAAAAUCGAUUAUCUUCAAUACAUUUAUGUGGAACAAAAACUAUUGUUGAUGAUAUUUAUUCAGAAAUUAAAAAAAUUAUUGAUGAAUAUGCACCAGUCCCAUGUAAUGUACAAUUGCCAUCAAAUCAAGUUAAUUUUCUAUUACAAAUUUGUUCAGCGGAAUUAAUUAGAUUUGAAAAACAACAUGAAAUCGAUGGUGUCGACUUACGUUCCGGAUUAAAAUGUGAUAAAACCAGUCAAUUUUUAGCUCCGAAAUAUUUACAUGAAAAGAUUAAAGUAUUUUUACUUGAAAUGAGUCAAAUACAGAUGGUUUCAAAAGAUUUUCAAUGUGCAGUACAAUUAUUUAAGACUAAAAAAAAUGAAAUAAAUACUUUAGCAUUAAAAAAUCGUUGUUUACUCUCAAUAUCAUUAUCUUCUCCACCAAAGGCAUCGUCUCGAGUAGCAAGUACUACUACUUCAACAGCAAUUAGUGUAUCUAAUGGGGAUUUAAUUACAGAACAAUCCGAUGUUCUUGUUAUUUGUUCAUCAUCUGCCAAACUUCGUGAUGUUAUGAUUAAAGCAGCUGGUAAUCAAGUUGAACAAGAAUUAAAUGGAAAAGAUCUAACAAAAAAUAUGGUAGACACGUCAGCUGGUCAAUUGAAACAAGCUAAACGUUUACUUUUCUUACCUUGGCAGCCGCCAUCUAGUUAUAUUACUAAUCAAGAUAUAACUGUCCUUCGUCAGUCAAUCGCUCUAUUUAUUCAACAAGCAAUUAAAUAUGCUAUUCAAGGAAAAUUUCAAAGUAUAGCAUUUCCUGCUAUUGGAUGUGGUGGAUUUGGGAUAUCACCUGAUGUAAUUGCUACAAUAAUGAUUGAUGAAGUACGUGAGCAACUCAUUGCGAAUCCAACUAUUCAAUUAAUGGUUAAAUUUGUUGUACAACAAUCACAUGUAUAUGAUGUUUUUAAUGCGAAAUUAAAACCUACAUCUAUAACCGGUGCUAGUAGAAAUCGUUCUCCAUCUCCAUCUCAUUUAUUAACUCAAGAAAAAGUUAAUAUUACUCUUACAACAACAUAUUCAGAUAUUGACAAAGCAAGAAAUCUACUAGACACAAUUGGAAAUAUACUUGUUUAA